UACAAAAUGACCUUAGUUAAAAAUUUCAUCCCACUCAUAACCUUAUUUCAUUAAAUAUUAACUAUGGUUAUAUUUAUAUUAUUUUGAAAAAAAGAAAAAUUUAAAAUUUAAUCACAACCCCCAAUCCCCAUUGAUUCCGGCCAACCUCUCCUCCUUCCCCUCACUUUCCACCGUUCCGGCCAGCCCCCCUCCCUUUCCUCCUUAACCCCGCCGCGACCAUCCACCGUCGGCUAAACCCUUAACCGGAAAAACCCUGAUAGCCGUAGUAGGCAAUUUCAUUCCAUAUCCAAUGGCUCGAUGACAACGGAGUUCAGGUAUGAAAACCUUACCGAUUAUGACAUCUUGCCUUCAAUGGAUUGGAGAGAACAAGGAGCUGUUACAGGGAUAAAGUACCAAGGCCAAUGUGAGGGUUGCUGGGCAUUUUCGGCGGUUGCGGCAGUAGAAGGACUAAAUAGAAUAAAAUUUGGACAAUUAAUCUCACUAUCAGAGGAAGAACUCAUUGAUUGUGUUCAAGAAGACGGUUGUCGUGGCGGUGAUGUCUCGAAAGCUUACACAUCCAUCCAACAAACCCAAGGCAUAACAACUGAAGAUGAGUACCCUAUCAGGGUCGGCCAUUGCGUGGGAGGGGGAUAGAUCGGCGGCGCAGGGGAGGAGGCUGUGUCAGCCGCACUCCGGGGAGGGCUACUGGAGGGUUGGCGUGGGGGUUGAAGUUGGGGUGGGCUGGUUAUUAUUCUUUUUUUUUUUUUUAGUU